AUGUCCUCCACCCUCCCCUGCACGCGGACCACGCUCCAGCGCCUCGCCCUCCGCACUCGACCAUGUAAACGAUUCGCCAGCACCGAGGCCGUCGCCGCCGUCGCCGACACGUCCGUCCCAGCACCACAUGUGCCUCGACCCCACGCACCCUCGCGUCCGGACAAGGACACCAAGAAUGUGGUUGAUCGGAUGAGCAUGGCGCUGUACCCGGAAGCCUAUGCCAAGAAGAUUUUGCCGAGGGCGUUUAGACAUCCGACUCGGUUUUCGAAGGGUUGGAAGAAGAUUGACGGGAAGUGGGAGGGGACGAUGGGGAAGGGGGGGGUUAAGCGGAAUCAGAGCCGCCAAUUCGGCAUCCCCAUCUUCCAACCCCCCGCCCUCAACAUCAAGAAGACCUGCCCAGACCCCAUCGCCGCCGUCACCGCCUCUCAAACCAGCAUCCUCGACCCCACCGGCGCCCGCACCCGCCUCUUUUCAAAAGCCAACCCGGAAUGCGCUCGCGUGGGCGACAUCCUUCUCGUGCGCCAACGCACAGGCGACCCCUUCGCAGGCGUCUGCAUCAACAUUCGCCGCCGCGGCGUCGACACCGCCAUCCUCCUACGCGGCCAAUUGACACGCGUCGGCGUGGAGAUGUGGUACAAGAUCUACAGCCCGCUGGUCGAGGGCAUCGAGGUGGUGCAGCGGGCGACGAGGCGGGCAAGGCGGGCGCGCCUCACCUAUAUGCGCACCGUUAAGCAUGAUCGCGGCAGUGUGGAGAAUGUGGUCAGGGUGUAUCUGAGGCAGAAGGCUGCGCUGGGUACGGCGGAGGGGCAGAAGGGAAAAAAGGGAGAUGCGGCCAAGGCGGCCAUGCUGGGCGGUGGUAAGAAGGGCAAGGGCAGGGGCAAGAAGAGGUAG